AUGCCGGAUCAAGGCGCCGCCACCUACUCAUCAAGCCGGGAGGUGGACCUAGAUAGGUCCCCGCUGCCUCCGGCGACUAGCGGAGGCGGUGCAGGAGAACCUUCAAGGACGAGGAGGAAGCGGAAACGAGGAUCUCCGCUUCGAAAUGGGGAGAACACUGGGGCAGCGGUGGGCUGCGCAGAAUGUGGAGCAUCUCAGUCGCCAAUGUGGCGGAGGGGACCCGCCGGCCCUAAGGUAUUAUAGCAUCACCCAUCCGGCUUUGGACCUCUGCGUUGCUUUUGGUCUCCAGUCUGCUUCCUCUUCUUCUACUUCCUCUUGAUGGACUGGAUUUUUUUUACAGACGCUGUGCAAUGCUUGUGGGAUCCGCUACGCGAAGGCAAAGAGACGGAGGACGCAUCUGGAGGAAUUGCUGCCGAAGCUGCGGGAGGAGAUCUUGACGCCGGCUGUCCUCUCCGGCGAGGAGGAAGUGUAUGCGGCCCUCACCCUCAUGGCCAUCUCUUCCGAGCACUUCCUCAACGCAUCCCAACAGAGAUAA